AUGGGUGGCUUGGACUUUGCUGGUGGAACACCAGUCCACAUUUCAUCUGGAGCUGCUGCCCUGGCAUAUUCGGUCAUGCUUGGCAAGAGAUCGGGAUAUAGCGACACGAACGGGCUCCCAUACCGACCCCACAAUGUAACUCACAUAGUUCUCGGUACGGUCUUCCUGUGGGUUGGAUGGUUCGGCUUCAACGCGUCCGGAUUUGUACCUGCAUGGGCCGCAGUAAUCUUUGGUGUCGUUGGCGCCGGUGCUUGCAAUUACGCAACAAAAUUGAAGUACCUGAUCCGUGUCGAUGAUGCUCUCGAUAUCUUCGGUGAACACGGUGUAGGAGGAAUCGUGGGCAAUCUCUUGACUUCAUUCUUCGCUGCCGAUUACAUAGCGCAUCUCGACGGCUUUACCGAGAUCCCAGGAGGCUGGCUCAACCGCCACUGGAUCCAACUUGCGUACCAGCUCGCGGACUGUGUGUCCGGCUUCGUGUACUCUUUCUUCGGUACCUGCCUCAUUCUCUUCGUGAUGAACCUCAUCCCCGGCCUGAGUCUUCGAGCUACAGAGGAGGAAGAGGCUCUUGGCAUGGAUGAUGCGCAACUCGGUGAAUUUGCGUAUGAUUAUGUUGAGCUUAGGAGGGAGACUAGCGAUGUCAUCGAUAGCGAAGUGGUAGCAAAGGUUUGA